AUGUAUUUUAAUUGUCCAGUUGGAUUACAGCUAAUUUUGUUUACAAAAAUGAUUUUAAUUGUCACAUUGUCUAUGGUAGUGCCAGCUGCCGUUUGUGCGAGAGAGUGCCAGCUGCCAUGUGUGCGAAAGAGUGCCAGCUGCCGUGUGUGCGAGAGUGCCAGCUGCCGUGUGUGCGAGAGUGCCAGCUGCCGUGUGUGCGAGAGUGCCAGCUGCCGUGUAGAUAAGACUUGUGUACUGACAGCAGUAUGCUGUGCAAUGUGUGGUCCAUUUUUUCAU